CGGAGGGCAGUUCAGGCCUAUGGAAAGGAAACGACACGUUGGUAGAAAAAAGAAACGGACACAUAGGAAACCUACAACUUGCCACCAGUGCGGCGAACAUUUUGAUACACAAGCGGCCUGCAUGAAACACCACCUGACCAUGCACCCGCGCACGUCGUUCUGCCCGCCGCAGGAGAGGCACAUCUGCGAGAUCUGCGGGGCAUCCCUAGCGCCUGGCAGCGUGGCCACCCACAUCAACAUGCACACGCGAGCGAAGGUGCACACCUGCGAGACGUGCGGUCGCGCGUUCCACUCCAGUGUGGGGCUCAAACGCCACAUGGUGACACACACUGGUGAGAAGCCAUUCGCGUGCAGCCUGUGCGACAAGCGUUUCACGCAAAGCAACAGCAUGAAACUCCAUUACAAAACCUUCCACCUCAAACAGCCCUACCCUAAAAGAAACAGACGAAAGAACAAAGACGACUUACUUGACGGCCAAGAGAAGUCAUCCGAAGACGAAUCCAGCUCCAGCAUGCCGUUACUACGACGAGCUCCAGAGGACGUUCAUUACUUAGCACUUAGCUAGUAACAGACCCGUGCCCAGCAGUGGCAGCUAAGUGAAAACGGAGCUAAUUCAAUAUUGAGCGAAUAGGUUACACCUAAUUCGUGAUUCUAUAAGUUUUUGAAUGGGAAUUAGUCGGUUUUCGAUGUUUAGCAAACUGUUGAGCAUGGCGAGAAGUCAAGAAAACAAUUCUAAAACACAUAAUUUAACAUGACUAACCCUCGGAACUUCAGUAAUCAUGGUAGUAAAAAUAUGAAAAUCAAUAAAAAUUAAUACAAACCCUAAUCGUC